CGGCAACCCGGAAGCAGCCCCGGGCGUCGGGGCAGGCGCGACGGGCUUGGAUGAGGUGAGGCUGUUGAGCGCAGCUGCUGCCGGACAUGGCGGGCACGGCGCUGAAAAGGCUGAUGGCCGAGUACAAACAAUUAACACUGAACCCUCCAGAAGGAAUUGUGGCAGGCCCCAUGAACGAAGAGAACUUUUUUGAAUGGGAGGCAUUGAUCAUGGGCCCUGAAGAUACCUGCUUUGAGUUCGGUGUUUUUCCUGCCAUCCUGAGCUUCCCAUUGGAUUAUCCACUGAGUCCUCCAAAGAUGCGCUUCACCUGUGAGAUGUUUCACCCCAACAUCUACCCCGAUGGCAGAGUCUGCAUCUCCAUCCUCCAUGCGCCAGGCGACGAUCCCAUGGGGUAUGAAAGCAGCGCUGAGAGGUGGAGCCCUGUGCAGAGCGUGGAGAAGAUCCUGCUGUCGGUCGUGAGCAUGCUGGCAGAGCCCAACGACGAGAGUGGUGCCAACGUAGAUGCUUCUAAAAUGUGGCGGGAUGACCGUGAGCAGUUCUACAAGAUUGCCAAGCAGAUUGUACAGAAGUCCCUGGGGCUCUGAGGCUGUACCCCCCCUCAGGCACACGCGCACCCACAGAGCCGUUCCAGCCUGCUCCUGCAGACCCUCAGCAGCAGUGCUGCCAUGCUGGCACUUACAGCACAGGCAGCUUACAGAACCACCUGCCGCUGUCUCUUACCGUUCCACCCAGACAGGCCUUUCUCCAGGACCAGCGGCUCACUGCUUAUUGCAGUGCCUCAGGGUCCACCCUGUUGUCACUACCUCCUUCCUCAGCAGUGUGGCUGCAGCUUCCCUCCCCUCCCGGGGCACAGGCUGACCCUUGGGCGGACAGGACACCGGCUAGGCUCCUUGCAGAGACUCGUGGCCUUGGUGGAAGCAGCGGGUAGAGCUGUGGGCCCCUUGUAGGUGCCUAGUACGUGUGCUCGGAAGAUGUCUGCUUCCUUUCUCGCCUAGUACUUACCAGCAGGGCCUGUUCUCACAGCUGCUACUGCGUUCUCAUCCUUAGAUGUCCUUCCAGGAGACGCUUUGGAAAUGCAUCUGUGAGGAACAGGGACUCAGAACAUGAGGUUAUUACUGGCUGCAAGACUGAAGGCUUCUGGUUGCGUUUUAGAGGUUGGCACUCAGGUCCUUGUUACUGGCACUCUGCUAGAGAGCAAGCUUGAGAAGAGCGUUAAAGUUCCAGUGAUGUUCUCUCCUGGAUCCUGCAAAAGUUUCCCUUUUUGAUCUAAAGCUAAGAAGCACCAGGGUUCCGCUCUGUACUUUGCGGUUGCGCCAGGAAGCCCGCUGAGGGUCCUGUGUGAUCUGUGACUUGGAUGUGGUCCGAGUGGCCCUUUUAGCAGACAGGGCCAAGCAGCUCAGUGCCUGGAGGAGGCCCAUACAAGCAAUAAGACCUGUCUCGUGCAGGAGCAAACACCCGGCCUACUCCAGGUAGGUUCCAUUUAAAUAGGAGUUUCUAUUUUUAAAAUAAGAGACAGCGUGGGAGACAUGCAGUAGGUUUCUCUUCAUGCUGCCUUCUCCUCCCUGUUGCUGAUGUGGCCUGUGCACUCUUGCCUUUUUGCUGGGGCCUCUCAUCUCAUGGUGUGAACAAGCCCCGGUCCAGGGCUCUGUGGGGCGCUCUGUGGAGCCAGGUUCUUCCUUCUUGGAGGGAGUUGUUCACAGCUGAAAUUCAGUGUGGAGACUUGUGUCUGAGACAGGUGGAGGAGCGGGCAUUAUACCUAAAGAGUAUUUCCCGACGUGAAGGAGACAUAGCCCUCUGUGUGUGUGUGGAGGGGCUGGGUGGGGCAGGGUCACCUGUAGGCUUCUGUGGGCGGUGGAAGAGAGGCAGUCUCUUUACAAAACAAAGUAUUUUUAUUCAUUUGUAUUUAUUAAAUGAAAAAUCCCAUGUUGUCCCUCUUCUGUGGUGGAAUUUAUUUACUGUUAUAAAAUAAAGUUCUAUAUUCUCCCUCUUC